AUGACGACCGACGACAAGCAGCCCGUGUACGACAUCGAGUCGGCCGUGGCCUCUGGUGGUUCCUCCACAAGCGACACUGCAGUGGACGACAGCUAUGAGAUUUACAAGAAGAACAAGGACCUGCAGUAUACCGAGGCCGAGGCAAAAGCAGUGCUCCGCAAGAUCGACUUUCGCAUCGUGCCCGUCCUGUUUGUCACCUACAUGCUGCAGUACCUCGACAAGAAUGGCAUCAACUACGCCAGUGUCUACGGUUUCAAGGCCGGUACCCACAUCAACGGCAGUCAAUACUCAUGGCUCGGCUCCAUUUUUUACUUUGGUUACCUUGCGACGCAGUAUCCGUCCGGGUACCUCAUGCAACGAUUCCCAAUCGCCAAAUUCCUGAGCUUGACCACCAUCGCAUGGGGCAUCGUCCUGAUAACCACCCCGGCAUGCCACAACUUUGGCGGCAUAGCGGUGAACCGCUUCCUCCUGGGCGCCCUUGAGGCCGCCGUCAAUCCCGGCUUCGUUCUGAUGAUGGGCAUGUGGUACACGUCGGCGGAGCAGCCCCUGCGCCUGGAGGCCUACUACUGCACGAACGGUAUCGCCACCAUGUUCGGCGGUCUCAUCGGCUAUGCCAUCGGACACAUCACGUCGGGCUCGCUGGCGCGGUGGAUGUACGUCUUCAUCAUCUUCGGGGCGUGCUCGGUGGCGUGGGGCGUCGUGUCGCUGCUCGUGCUGCCGGACCUGCCGUCGACGGCCAAGUUCCUGACCGAGCGUGAGCGCGCCGUGGCCGUCGAGCGCGUGGCCGCCAACCGCCAGGGCGUCAAGAACACGGCCUUCAAGAAGGACCAGGCCAUCGCUUUCCUGCGCGACCCCAAGACGUGGAUCCUGUUCAUCAUGGCCAUCGGCGCCCAGGUGCCCAAUUCGGCCUUGACGAGCUUCACCUCCCUCAUCGUCAAAUCCUUCGGCUUCGACACGCUCGGCACGCAAUACCUGCAGAUCCCCGGCGGCUUCGUGCAAUUCGCGGCUCUCCUCUCCGGCGGCUUCAUCUGCACCUACUGGCCGAACUCGCGGUGCAUCACGAUGAUCGUCGCCAACAGCAUCUGCAUCAUCGGCUCGGCGCUGCUCGUCGGGCUGCCCUCGACGAACAAGUGGGGCCGGCUGGUGGCGCUGUGGCUCUGCUACUUCCAGGGGUUGGGCUUCAGCAUGUCGCUGACCAUGAUCAGCUCCAACAUCAGCGGCUACACCAAGAAGCAGCUGACGGGCGCCAUGAUCUUCACGGGGUACUGCAUCGGCAACAUCAUCGGCCCGCAGACGUUCAAGGAUAACGAGGCUCCUGGGUACCACUCGGCUUAUAUUGCUAUGCUGGUUGGUUACAUCGUGAAGUUGCUUUCUGUUGUUGUGCUGUACAUCUACAUGUGGAGCGUCAACAAGAAGCGCGACCGCGAGCAGGCCGGUAUGAGCGAGGAGGAGAGGGAGAAGGAGGCCGUCGAGGCGGGUAUGCGGGAUAUGACCGAGUUGGAGAAUAAGGGGUUCAGGUACAUUUUGUAG